CCAUGUCACCUUGAUAUUUUCGUUUGGCUGGAUUUUUGAGAAAACAUGGAUGAACUUCUUCUUUUUGACCUGCUUUUGGAUUGCCCUAUGUGCCAAAGGAAAUUGGAUGUCACUGCCAAGGUACUGCCAUGCCAACAUACCUUCUGCCAACCUUGCCUGCAGAGGUUAUUGAAAGCAAAGAAAGAACUCAGGUGCCCGGAAUGUCUUACCCCUGUAUUUUGCAACAUCAAUGAGUUGCCAGCCAACAUGUUUUUAGUGCAACUACUGCAUGGCGUACGAGGCAGGCAAAGCCUUGUGAGAAAAAACUCCUUACAAAGAGUGGGUGGGCUGUUUGCCAAUGAAUCCUUCAAGAGAAAUCGAGAACAAAAGGCAAAAUUUGAUCUUCAGUACAGGAUUUCCUCAAAGGCCAGGAUGCCCAGAGAAGAGAUGCCAUGUGCAAAGGCAUUAUCAAACUACAGAGGUCGUGCACCCACUGAUUUGACCUUCGAUAAAGGAGACAUCAUUGUGUUGCACAGGCAACUUGACGAUAACUGGUAUCACGGAGAAAUCAAUGGAGACAGUGGUUUCUUCCCAGCCAGCUCGGUAAAAGUUCUGCGUAACAUAGAGCAACCACCUGCACUCUGUAAGGCUCUCUAUAACUUUGAGCUGAAGGACAAAGAAAAGGGUGAAAACAAGAAUUGCUUAACAUUCCUAAAGGGUGACAUUAUCAACGUGAUCCGAAGAGUGGACGAUAAUUGGGCCGAAGGCAAGCUGGGUGACAAAGUUGGCAUAUUUCCUCUUCUGUUUGUAGAGUUCAAUGACACUGCCAAAAAGCUUCUUGAGUCAAACAAGUCUAAACAAAAUAAUCUGAAUAAUACCCCUUCCCAAUCAAAGAAGUCUCACUCCAAGACUAAAAACUCUGAAUCCUCAACUAUUCGCAGGAUCCCAGAAGGAAGGAGGAAAAGCCUGAGACCGUUCUCAAUUACAAAUGCUCUUAAUACUUUCAACAAGAUGGUCCAUUCUCCCAUCCAUCAUCAGAUUCCUGAAAUAAGCACCCCAGUAUUGAUUAGUUCCAGUAAUCCUGAUGUCAUUUUGAAGUCUGUGGCCAUAUCUAACUCACCAGUAAAGGUGAAUGCAGUGUAUUAUACUACAGGCACAGGAUCACCCUCAGUCGCCAUUCCAAAUUCACAACAGAGUAUCUUGGCUAACAUGUAUGUUGUUUUACACCCGUACACAGCUAAUUCACCAGAGCAGAUAAACCUCAAGAAAGGAGAAGGAGUUCGUGUUCUGGGAAAAUUCCAGGAAGGAUGGCUUCGAGGGGUCUCGUUGAUGACAGGAAAAAUUGGCAUCUUCCCAAGUCACUGUGUUAAUCCAAUUUACAGAAGAUCUUCAAAUAGUCAAGAUCCAAGGACUCAGUCUUAUCCAACUGCCUGGAUUUCAAGUAAUGCGUCUGUUUCUUCACAAAGCAGUGUGUCCGAUUUUGUGCCCACCAAGCCUCUAAGGUCUUUCUCUGCGCCCUCCACUAUGGCAGAUCCACUGAAAAAGAUCCCAAACGCAUCGUCAGCAAUGGUACCAAUAUCUCAGCGAAAAAGAAACAGUAUUAAAAGUGGUGCAUCUCUCCAGAAAAGCACACAGGGCAAUCCUCUUGCAGUGGCUAUAACCUCCAAUAACAGAUCUCCAUCAUCCACCGCCCAACCACAGGUCUUUAGUAGUGCCUCUUUUUCUGGAGCAGCUAUUGGUGCAGAGACCUGGUCAAGACAAAACCCCUGUGAUACACUAUCUUUUCCAAAAAAAACUGUUGAUCGCAGAAGAUAUUCAGCAGCGAGCUCAGUUUUCUUCGAAGGCAAAGAUUUCUCCAACAAAAGUGAAACAGCAUCAAAAUCAUUCACUUCUGCUCCUCCAUCAAUAUUAGUGAAGCCAGACACACCUAAGGGUGGCUCUGAGAAGCAGGUGAAGACCGUGAGAUUCAUGAACUUUAGUCCACCAACAUUAAGGAGGCAGAGUUUUCAGUUUCCAGAAAGGAAAAAUGACCAAACAACCAAUGUUUCAACUAAGCAGGAAGCAGCUCUGACUCAAGAAAGUUUGUUGCCCACUACACAACGCACAAGUUCUAGUUCGGCGCAACCAGAAGUCAAAAGAGUGCCAAUAUCACGGAAUAUGAUCAAUGACCCUACGCUGUCUACACAAUCAGCUGUGUCCUCUCUCAGCAGGAGAGCUUCAGCUGAUUACACUAAAAGGUGGAGUGCCAUCUAUCAUACACAAGAUGUCCUGUCAUCUUAAUGCCUCUAUCUUGAAACCGAUGAUUCAACUUGUGCAGGUUUUAGCAGUGCCAAAUAUUUUAUUUUAUUUUUUUACCCUCAACAUAAAAUUAGAUUUAGUUUUUGCCGUGUUUCCAUAUAAUUUUUCAUCGAUCUACUUUGUCACAGUGGACAGACUUACAGAGACAAGCAAACUGUCACUGGCAGGUUCACUUAUAAAUGCCUCUUCUCCGCCUCAUCCAUAUUAUCAAACUAGAUUUGUGUCAGGUAUUUUGUCAAUGCUCUUUGCUACAUGAAGAUAUAUAGUGGAUUAUUCUGACAUGUUGACUGGGCUAUUUUUCUUAUCGGGAAAUAAGGUUAUUUACUCAACACUGUUGAAAGUAAAAAUUACCGAGUCGUGUAUGUCACCCAAAAGUGGACAAUGAGCUAAGCGUCUGUGCCUGAAGUGUCUGGCUUGAUAAAUAAUACACUUUUUAAGCUUAACCAGAAUACUUUAUGUUUAUGUGAAUUUGCCUUUUGCCACCUCUGCUGAAAGAAAAAUAACGUUGCCCUUGAAUAAAA